GUCUUGUGUCAAUGGCAGGUACGCGUACUUGUGAGCGAUUUGCUCCUUCAAAAUUUCAAAAAAUUCAAAAAUGUUUUCAGUUUCUCAUCGAAAUUUGCUGAUUUUGUGAAAAAGAAGCUUUUUAGUCACCGUUUUAUGUAAUUUUCCCAGCCGGUAGUGCGAUUUUUGCUUGAAAACUCGAUUUUUCGAUUUUUUGGCGUUUGCUGUCAAGGUGAACUAGUCAACCUGACAUGCGUCGACGGUCACGAGUGAGUUUCAUGAACUAGUUUUUGCGGGUUUCGAGAACCUAAAGACUAUUUGGAUAUAAAAAUGGACUCCUUAAUAAUGACAAACUUUGUCAAUCAUGGAAAACUUGCGCUCUUCGCUCAAACAACCCUCGUUGGACUCUGGAAGGCGUUCGUUGAAAGGCAAAGGAUCCGUAUCGCCUAAAGCAGCCAGAGACUCGAAGAGUCUUCGCGUCUCCACAAUCACUGAAGAAUCCACUGACGCCGAUGUGAAGAGUGAAACCCGAAAAAGCAUCACUGAUAAGUUUUUUGACUCGUUUUUUGAGCCUUUGGUGGUAGAGAGGAGGCCGAUAAAACUGAGCCCAUCUGAAGAGUCCAGCGCUGAUUCGCUGUCGGUGAUCCAUCCUUUGUCAGCUAAUUCGUGGGAAACUAGUUAUAGUUCAGUUUCGGAAACUGUAGCUGUGGAUGGGAAGCGAGGAAGCGCCAACUCAAAAGAACCCAGCAUGCAGAAAACACCCAUUUCAAGCAGGCAAUCGAUUAAUGAAAGUACCGGAGCCGAUCCAAGUUGCGACUUCAACUGCACUUGCAACUGGAGGAUGGUGUUCUUCAACGGAAACGUCUACGAAGGUCAGUUGAAUGGCGACCUGAUGGAGGGCAAAGGAACCUUUUACUGGCACGAUGGCUCCAUUUACCAGGGCGAGUUUAGAGACGGAUACCCUGAAGGUGCGGGAAAACUCACCCUGCCUGACCUGAGCGUGUACGAAGGUGAAUUUUCCAUGGGGUUUUUCCAUGGUAAUGGGUCUUUGAACGUUAAAUCGUCGCCGAUUUUGUACAAAGGCCAAUGGAGGUUGUCCCAGCGACACGGCAAGGGUUGGUUGUUGUAUAAGGCUGAUGAUUGGUACGAAGGCGAUUGGGUGGAUGACCAAAGGCACGGCAUUGGUUACAGGAACUAUAGUAAUGGAGAUAAGUUUAAGGGCAAUUGGUUGAACGAUAGAAUCAACGGCGAAGGUUCCAUAAUGUGGCAUAAUAACGAUUAUUAUGCUGGUGAAUGGAGCGAAGGUUACCCGCAUGGAUACGGCGAAUACACAUGGAACUUGAUACCCCAUGAUGGUUUCGUCUUUCCCAACUACAACUGGUACAAAGGAAACUGGGUGAAUGGUUUAAGAUCGGGAGCAGGAAUAAUGAGUUUUGGCCAUGAAAGUGGAGCCAAACUGGCCGGCACUUGGUUGAACAAUAAGAAAGAUGGUCCAGGAGUGAUGAUUUGCGGAAACGGGAUGACGCUGGAGAAGAAUCCGCUCUUCACCGAAGAUAAGCCUUCGGCUUAUGUUAAAGAGGCGAAGAGCCAGCAGAGUGGCGACAGCAUAGAGAAGAGGCAAAGCGUUCUACAGACGUUCAAAAGCAUUUCCAAGCAGAUUUUUUCCAAGAAUAAACUGGAAUCGUUGCAUCCAGAAAAUGUAACAAAAAUCACCAAAAGCGGCACCACCAUCAAAAUGCGGCAGUACAUAAAACUGCUGGAAAAGAAUACUGGCAAUGCUCCGCCCCUGAAAAUUCCCAUUUACAAUGUGAUUCAUGAGGUUGAUUUGGAGUAUUUUGUGGACGACUUUGUCCCAUCUGGAGCCCAACCCAAACUCAUAUCGGACAUCAGCACUCUGGAAAUUGAGCACAUGAUCAACACGCAGCAAAGCAGCAACUUUUCCUCAGAUUCGCACGUGAACUAUUUACCAUCCAGUUCCGAGUGGAGUACUGGGUACCUAGUGGGAACCACUGAGAGCCUCCAAUGUGCGCCGAACGCCACUGAACUCCAGAACCUGUUGAUUAACUAUUUGCCCCAAUUGAGACGCAUUUAUCAAACGUAUGCCACGCUUUGUGUGAAGGAGCAGGAGUUAACAUUCCAGCCAGUUCUUGUGCGCUUGUUCCUCUGGCAACUCUACAGAGACAUCGGAGUUACAGAAAAACCUGGAGUUUCCAUAGUGGAAAUAGAUGAAAGACUGAUGAAAAAUCCGAACAGUUGCUUAGAAACAACGCACAAUCCUUGGGAACCGAUCUAUUUCUGGCAGUUUCUGCAGGCCUUGGUCGGGAUGGCCUGCUUACUUUUUACCACCGAAAAUCAGUCGGAUUACACGCCAUCAGCUGGCUUCAUGUAUUACAUGGUUAAGCACUUCUUGGAAAGCAGGCUUUUGGUUCAUGCGGGAAAUUUUCAAGAUCGCUUUCUAGGAAACUGCUUAACUUAUUUAAAGGACCUGGUGCCGAUUGAUGCAGUCUAUGGGCUGUACAGGAAAAUUGGGGAACCUCAUACGGUUGAAGAUUUCCUCAAACAUUCAUGCUUGAAGGAAGGACAGCGCAUUCCUUGCUACAAGGCCCUUUUCCAGAAGAGCACUGGAUGCACCGUGCAAACUGGCACCAAUGUGGUGAUUUUGAAUCAGCAAGUGCUUUUUCGAGUUUAUUCUAAUUUUUUUCCAAUAGAAAACAGCCCGAUCAAAAAGAGCACGGAAAAUAGACCUCCUCUCCUGUAUGAAGGAUUGUACACAUUUUCCGGCCUAGGGCGAAAACGAAUCUUGAAAACCUUUGCCAAAAUAUGCCCUCAGGUUCUCCUCCCUUCAGGCCGACACAACUCACGCUACAGACUAUCCUUUAUCGAAUUCUACGAGGUGAUUUUGGUGUUGGCCUAUGAAAAAGUCGAAAAAAUUCGCCUGGCCCUGCUGGAAGACGUAAAAAGCAAGUCAGUAUCGGACAUGAAAAGUACGACUCGAGUCUUGUCCAGAAGCUCGACGCAUGCCAAUAAAAAAAGAAAAACGUUGGUGAAGAAAUAUAAUGUAUAAUAACUGUUUAUACAACUGGGUGUGCUAACUAGAAAUAAAAACAAUAAUAAAACAACAA